AUGGAGCGCGCACGUAACAACUACUACACAGUGCUAAGCAAAGAGCAGGAUCUCCGAAUCCACGCAGCUUACAAUGGCGGGAGUAUGGUCGGUAUUAUCGAAGCUGCUGUGGCCGGUGCGCAGAACGCGGUCGUCUUGACCAGAAUCAAGGACAAACCUAAUACAGUGGAGGACGCGUUUUCCGCCGUCGCACUUCGCCUGGACGAUGUACUGGCGGUUCUAAUGGGAACCGCUCAGUUCGAACCGGACCCUGAGUACGAUCAACCCGAUCCAAGGUUUGCUGCGGCGCGGAUUAGACGCGCAAAACGACGAUAUGAUGAUACCAAAAGCGCCCUGUACAAGCUUUGUGUUGAGCUUGGAGCGGAUGAACCUGGUGAGAUCGUCAUCGGGAAUCGUACGAGCCGAUUCUUUGGGAGAGUUUAA